GUUACAACUCUUACCGAAGCCAUCCAUAACAUAACAUUGGAUUGAUUGGAUCUAUUUUCUAAAUCUAACCCUAACUCUGAUAAUUUCCUCUUUCUUUCUAUAUACUUUCUUUUCCCUUUCUUCAUUCUCUCAUAUCAACUUCAAUUCAAUUUCACUGCACCCUCCACAACCCUCUAUGUCUACUGUGGAGAGGUAGAUAUGCAUAAUCAAUUCAGCUUCACAUGAUCAACAAUCAACUCAUCAAGAAAGAAGAUGGAUGGUACUCACAAAGAUAUAGAAACAGGGAAGAGAUAUAAGAAUCUGAAGACAAAAACUUGUUAAUUGUUAUCUUCAAUUGCUUCAUAUUGGUAUAUACAAUUCUCCAAUCCAAAUUCAUCUACUCUUCUUUUGUUAUCUGUAUAUUGCAAAGGAAAGUGUAAUUCAAGAAAGAGUGAGUGAGUACUCAUCAUGGAUCAAAUAACAGCACAUGGACAUUCACUUCCUCCACCUUUCCACACAGCAAGAGAUCUUCAUCUUCAUCAUCAACACCAACAGCAGCAGCAGCAACAACAACAACAACACCACCAAUUCCAUACUUUACAACAGCAACCAGAUCAAGAUGAACAAAGCGGCAGCAGCAGCGGUGGCGGCCUCAACCUCACAAACCGCGAAGAAAACAGCCACAACAAGUUCAACAAUGAUUUUAGCCCCAAGUUAGAAUCAGGAGGAGGAGGAGGAGGAGGAGGUUCCGGCGGUGACACCGAUUCAAUGACAAGAAGACCAAGAGGAAGACCAGCUGGAUCCAAAAACAAACCAAAACCACCGAUCAUCAUCACACGAGAUAGCGCGAACGCGCUAAAAACUCAUGUGAUGGAAGUUGCAGAUGGUUGUGAUGUGGUUGAAAGUGUUAACAAUUUUGCUAGACGCCGUCAAAGAGGCGUUUGCAUCAUGAGUGGUACUGGAACGGUUACAAACGUUACGCUAAGGCAACCUGCAUCUCCUGGAGCGGUUGUUACUCUUCAUGGAAGAUUUGAGAUUCUUUCGUUGGCUGGAUCGUUUCUUCCACCACCUGCUCCGCCCGCUGCUUCUGGAUUGACGAUAUAUUUAGCGGGCGGACAAGGGCAGGUUGUUGGUGGAAGUGUUGUUGGUGCUUUGAUUGCUUCUGGACCUGUUGUUAUUAUGUCUGCUUCUUUUAGUAACGCUGCUUAUGAAAGACUACCUUUGGAAGAAGAUGAUGCUUCUUCUUUGCAACAACUUCAAGGUGGUGGUGGUGGUGGUUCUCCAAGUGGUGGUGGUGUUCAGCAGACACAACUUUUAGGAGAUUCAACUGCUCCACUUUUUCAAGCUAUGCCACCUCCUAAUCAUAAUCAUAAUCCUAAUGCUAAUCUUCUCAAUUCUGUUCAAAUGCCUUCUGAUAAUUUCUGGCCAACUGGUCGUUCUCCUUAUUGAUCACGACGACGAUGACGAUGAUGAUAUUAAUUAUUGCAACACUAUGGAGCUAUGUUGGAAGGAGGAAUUUGAAGCUAGGGAAUUGAUUGAUAAUGAUAUAUCAAUGAUGAGGUUCUUUUUCUUUAAUUUUCUAUUUAAAUUUGGUUUGUUUAGAUUUUGUGUGUCAUUUUGAAUUUUGAUUGUUAGGUUGUUGUAGGUGAGUAAUGAGUUGAUGAUGUAUGUUGAAUUUGAGACUGUAAUUAAAUUGAUGUAUCCUUAUGAAGUUAUGGUUAUCUAUCUUUGGUGAGUUUGUUUAA